AUGUCCGAACUCAAGGAUUUUAACCGCAUGUUUCGUCUCGAUGGCAAAGUCGCGCUGGUAACUGGUGGCUCCAGAGGUCUCGGCCUUCAUACAGCUACGGGCUUUCUUCUUGCUGGCGCGAAGAAGGUCUUCAUAUCUGCACGCAAGGCUGAAGGAGAGCAGGGCAUCGAUCAGGCCAUCGAGAAACUCAACAGACUACCCGUUUCCGGCAUCGCAGUCGGCAUCGCAGCAAAUGUCGCAGAUACAGAAGAUAUAGAGAGAUUAGUGAAGAAAGUACAGGAGACUGAGGAUUCAUUAGAUAUCUUGGUUUGCAAUGCCGGGGCGACGUGGGGAGGACCAUUUGAUUCAACACCAGAUUGGUCGAGCAAGAAGGUAUUGGACCUGAAUGUUCGCGGUGUUUUCAAUCUGGCAAGGCUGUUCGCGCCUCUCCUCGAACGCGCCGGCACGCGUCAAGAUCCGUCCCGCAUCAUCGUCGUCUCCUCCACUGCUGGCACUACAGUUCCGCAUGCCGGCGAACAUGGUACAAUAAUGUAUAGCAUCUCAAAAGCUGCCGCACAUCACCUGUCCCGACAGCUCGCCGUCGAGCUUGGGCCUCGAAACAUCACCACGAACACCGUUGCACCCGGCUUCUUCCCUUCCAAGCUUGCAAAUGGGCUGAUUGAGAUACUGGGUGGCCAACAGACACUAGAGGAUAGUAAUCCCAGAAAACGGUUAGGGGAGCCAGAAGACAUUGCGGGCGUCAUGGUGUUUUUGUGCAGUCCUGCGGGCGCAUACAUCAACGGCGAAGACAUUGCUGUAGAUGACUCUACUGGUCUCUAG